AUGGCGUCUCUCUCGGGCGGCAUCAAGGUCUUUGCCGGCACGUCGCACCCCGAGCUCGCGCAGCUCGUGGCCAAGCGCCUUGGACAGCCGCUCGGCCGUGCGACGGUGACGCGCAACGAUGCGGGCGAGUCGAUUGUGCGCAUUGCCGAGUCGGUGCGCGAGCACGACGUCUACAUCAUCAACACGUCGUGCGUGUCGCCGACGCCAUCGGGCUCGGCGGCGUCGCCCAACACGUCGCUCAUGGAGCUGCUCAUCAUGAUCCACGCCUGCAAGACGGCGAGCGCCAAGCGCAUCACCGCCGUCAUCCCGCACUUCUUCUACGCGCGCCAGGACAAGAAGGACAAGAGCCGCGCGCCCAUCACCGCCAAGCUUAUUGCCAACAUGAUCGAGAACGCCGGCUGCGACCACGUCAUUACGAUGGACCUGCACGCGUCGCAGAUCCAGGGCUUCUUCAAUGUGCCCCUCUACGCGGAGCCGACCGCACUGCAGUGGAUCCGCGAGUACGUGGACUGCACGAAGGUCGUCAUUGUGUCUCCGGACGCAGGAGGAGCGAAGCGCGCCACGUCGCUGGCCGACCGGCUGGAGGUCGACUUUGCGCUCUUCCACAAGGAGCGCAAGAAGGCCAACGAGGUCUCGCGCAUGGUGCUGGUCGGCGACGUGCAGGGCAAGGUUGCCAUCCUCGUCGACGACAUGGCCGACACGUGCGGCACGCUGGACCUUGCCGCCCAGCGCCUGGCAGAGAGCGGCGCCGAGCGCGUCCUGGCCAUUGUCACGCACGGCCUCUUCAGCACGCCGGCAACGACCAGGCUGAAUGCCUCGCGGUUGGAGAAGAUCGUCGUGACGAACACGCUGCCGCAGGCCGCGAAUCGCGCGCUGUGCCCGAAGAUUGAGGAGAUGGACAUUUCUGGGAUGCUUUCCGAAGCGAUCCGCCGGUCGCACUUUGGCGAGUCGAUCUCGUCGCUCUUUGACCACGGCUUCGACACCACGCAGCCCUACCGCUCGCUCGCACAACGGCAGGGCGGCGCCGGCGCCAGCAGCAGCGGGCCCGGCCCGACGAGCUCGUACACCAAGCCCGACCCGCCGUCGCCGGCCAACUUCUUCGCGCCGCUGCCGGUGCCGUCAACAGAAGGCGGCCUGCCGCAGAAGAGCCCCUCGCGGGAAAAGGGCCCGAGCCCGCUGGCGAACCAGGUGUAG